ACUGCUCUAUAGGAAAAGAGCAAGAUGGCGGUGCGCAGGGUGUGCACGUCUGCCUGGAGGACCGGGACAGAAAUAGGGCUCAAUAAUGCAAGAACACUGACCACAACCGCCGGUCUGUGGGUGCGUCGUGCCCCUGCUCCUGGACCUCUACCAAACGAAGACAUCAAUGUGAAGAACCUGGAGUCUCUGGAGAAAUAUCGCUGUUACAAGCGCUACUUCAGACAGGCUCAGGAGGCCCACAACAAGCCAGUGUGGUGGCAAACGUACAGGAAGUAUGUGGACCGGUCCGAUCCAGACCAUGGUGCAGAGCAGGUGGACAUCGGCUUCCCGUUUAACCAGCCAAACAGAAUCAAACAGGUGAAAGAGAGGAAGCAACUGAUGAAGGCAAACAAGAAGAAUGUGGAGCUGGAGAGAGCGGCUCGACUGCGCACACUGAAGAUUCCGCUGGAGUGCGUGCAGCAGGUGUGGGAGCACACAAGCGGGCCCUUCCACAUCAGGAGACUGGCCGAACACUACGCUGUUUACAAAGACCUGUUCCCCAAUGCUUUCUUCUUACCCAUAAUCCCUCUCAGAGUGCUCUACGGGCAAGACAGCAGCGUGCAUUAUGGGAACAAGCUCACCCCUACAGAGGCAGAGUCAGCCCCUCAGGUCAGCUUUGAGGCAGAGGAAGGAACGCUGUGGACACUGCUGCUCACAUGUCCAGAUGAGCACUUACUGGACGGGGAGGCUGAAUAUGUGCACUGGAUGGUAGGGAACAUUCCAGCCGGAGCGGUGCAGUCCGGGGACGAGCUGUGUCACUACCUGCCCCCCUUCCCCCCCAGAGGCACGGGUUUUCACCGCUACAUUUACGUCCUCUUCAAACAGAACGGACCCAUCGACUUUAGGGAGGAUGCACGCCCGUCGCCAUGUCAUUCUCUGGAGGAGCGCACCUUUAAAACAGUGGAUUGGUACAGAAAGCACCAGGAUCACAUGACCCCUGCGGGCCUGGCCUUCUUCCAGAGCCAGUGGGAUGCAUCGGUCACACACACCUUCCACCACAUUCUCAACAUGAAGGAGCCUGUGUUCGAGUUCAUCCGCCCCCUAGUGUACCACCCGCCUCAGGUUAAGUUCCCCCACAGAAAGCCCUUGCGCUACCUGGACCGCUACAGGGACGGACAGCCACACACCUAUGGCAUCUACUGACCCUCUGAUGACCAUCUACGAACUGUUAUAAUCUACCACUGUAUCAGCCAUAUUUGUGUCGAAUAAACAUGAGACUUUUGCUACA